GUUUUGGCCAAUAUUUGCAAAAUAACUGUUACAGUAAUCCGCCAUGUUUUUGUCAUUUUGAAAGGGUUUGUUAUUUUCAUCUGUUAUACAUGUUACAUCAUUAUUCGAUUUCAUUGUGUUGUUGUUUGUGGCAUCAUUGAUUAUUUUGAUAAUUCGACUGUCAACAAAUAAGCCUCAUACAUGGAAUUUUCAGGCAGCGGUCGAUUACCAGGACCAAUAUCUGCUUUACACGCAGUGAUAGUCGACGAACAUACGAUCAUGCUAGAGUGGAACCCUCCAGAGAAUUCAACUGACGUUGACGAAUACAUUGUGCAUUAUCAAAAAGUGGACAACACAUCGAUGCAUGAGACAGUGCUCAAACUAGAUAAUCAACUCAAUACGACCAGUACAACAGCAACCAUUACUGAUUUAUCAGAGAACCAGUUGUACCAUAUCUUCGUAGUAUCAUCCAAUGAGCAUGGUACUUCCCUUCCUUCAUCUAUUAUCGUAAUUAAUCUGGUCAAAAAUGGUGAGUAUAUAUGUAUAGUAUCACUCACAUUUCAUUAUACUUGUUACGAUCAGUAA